AUGGAUCUGGCACUCAGGUAUUCCACUGAGGAUUGUUCCUUUGAAGAGGAGAUUCGCCCAGACGGCUACAAUGUAUAUAAGUCAAAAAAAUAUGGAAUAUCGGUGUCUUUGAGCAGUGCCAAGCAAAGACAACAGUUCAAAGGAAAAGAUUUUCUUCCGCUGUCUCACUUCUUACCUAUGAUCAACACUGUGCCUGUGGAGUCGGCAGACUUUGGUGAAUACGGUGAUUACAGCCAGGCUUUUGAACCGGAGGUGUACUCCUCGCCGCUCGAAACGGACAGCAUGGACCCCUUUGGCAUCACCUCCAAACUGUCACCGGUGAAGAGCCCCAGCUUUCAGAAAUGA